AUGGAUAUUGAUGAAGAAGAAAUUUCGAAUGAAUCAACACAUGUUUUAAAUGAUCGAAUAACAUCAACAGUUGAUACAGAUUUUUAUGUAGUAUAUAAAAAAUUACCACCAAAAACUGCUGUAACAAUAAGAUUAUUUGAACGUAAUGAAUUCUAUACAUGUCAUGGAGAUGAUGCAUUGUUUAUUGCAAGAGAAUUAUUACAUUCAACGAAUGCAUUGAAAUAUUGGAAAACAUCUGAUACAAAUAAGCCACUUGAAACAAUAUAUAUAUCUAAUAAACAAUUUGAAGAUAUUCUUCGAAAACUUUUAUUAGUUAAACAAUAUCGAGUUGAAGUGUGGAAAAAAGCACAAAAAGCAUCAAAUGAAUGGUCAUUGGCGUAUCAUGGUUCACCUGGUAAUUUAACUCAAUUUGAAGAUAUUCUUUAUGCCUCAUCUUCAACAGCUCAAGAAUCAUCAGGUGUACUUGCAUGUAAAUUAGCAACAGAAAAUGGUGUUACAGUAAUUGGCUUAGCACUUAUCGAUGUACAAACAUUAACAAUUAAAAUGUGUGAAGUAACAGUUUCAAAUCAUUAUUCAAAUUUAGAAACAAUUCUUGUUCAACUUGGUCCAAAAGAAUGUUUAUUACCAUCAUUUACUUCAACAGAAGAUAAUUAUUUACAAUUAAAAAAAGUUAUCGAAAAAUCUGGUGUACUUGUUACUGAACGACCAAAAGCUGAAUUUUCUUCAAAAGAUAUUAAACAAGAUCUUUGCCGUCUUUUGAUUAAAGGUAAAGAUGAAGAUAAUGACAAAUUCGAAAUGAAAAUUGGCGUUAUGCCUGAAAUGCAAAUGGAACAUGCAAAAUGUUCAUUAUCAUCUGCUAUCAAAUUUCUUCAAUUACUCUCAGACAAAAAUCAAGCAAAUCGAUUCCAUUUAAAAACACAUCAACCUGAACUUUAUAUGCGACUUGAUACAGCAGCUAUGAUUGCAUUAAAUAUUUUUCCUGAUAAUCGACAACGACCUGAUUUCAGUUCUAAUGCAAAAUCUUCAAGUCUUUAUGGUGUACUUAAUAAUUGUCGUACAGCUCAAGGGCAACGAUUGUUGACUCAAUGGUUAAAACAACCAUUAACUGAUAUGGCUAAAAUUAAUGAACGAUUGGAUAUUGUUGAUGCAUUUGUAAACGAUUCGAGUAUACGAACAUUUAUUGCACAAGAUUUUCUUGGGCGUGUACCUGAUUUUGAACGUCUUGUACGAAAAUUUAUUCGAAAGAAAGCAAAUCUUGAAGAUUGUUAUAAAAUUUAUGUUGCUGUUAAUAAAAUGCCUAAAUUAAUUGAAUAUAUUGGUGAAUUUAAUGGACCAAAGAAAGGUGUACUUGAUCAUCUUAUUGUUGUACCAAUUCGAGAAAUGAUUGAUGUUUUUAGUAAAUAUAUUGAAAUGAUUGAAACAACUAUUGAUAUGGCUCGUAUUGGAAAUCAUGAAUUUGUUAUUAAACCGAAUUAUGAUAAAGAUUUACAAGAAUGUCGUGAGAAACAAAUUGAAUUAGAAUCAAAAAUGCAUGAUGAUUUAGCCACAAUAUGUAACAAAUUAUCUUCACAUUUAUCAACAACACCAAGUCGUUCUAAAAAAAAUGGAGCUGAAUCAUCAAAAGAACCCAUACGAUUAGUUUAUGAUCCAAAACAAGGCGGAUGGUUAUAUCGAAUAAAUCGUAAAGAAAGUGCAACUUUACAAAAACAAUUAUCUAAUAUAACAAUAAAAGUAACAAAAAAAGAAGGCAUAUUUUUUCAAACAACACGUUUAGGUGAACUUAAUACAAAAUAUUCCAUGCUUAGUUCAACUUAUAAUGAAGCAUCAAAAGAAAUUAUUGAUGAUGUUUUAAAUAUUGCAUCAAGUUAUUGUGAUUCACUUAGUCAAUUAGCAGAAAUUCUUGGUCAACUCGAUUGUCUUGUUUCAUUUGCAACAGCUUCAGUUAAUGGUAAUUAUAUUCGGCCAAAAUUAAUUACUGAACAACAAAAAAUUAAUCUUAUCGAUUCACGUCAUCCAUGUGUAGAAAAACAAGAUAAUAUUAAUUUUAUUUCGAAUACAGUUGAAUUAGAUCGAAAUAACCAUCGAUUUCAAAUUAUUACAGGUCCAAAUAUGGGUGGAAAAUCAACAUAUAUACGUCAGG